CUCGCAGAAUUGGACCCCGCUUGCAAUCAGGGCAGCGGGCGGGGUGAGAAAAGCGAGGUGUUGCUUUCAGAGAUCCGGAAAUGACGGGAUUUCACCAGGUUUAGCUUGGAUUGGUGGACCGCUUUGCAAUCAUUGUUUUGUCAGUGUCUAAGGUGGCCUGUGGCCUUCUUUACUUUCUUGUCGCCUACUUUUUGGAACCGAAUCUUUAAAUCCCUAUCUCUACAUACUUGCGGAAUAUCCUCAAAGAAGAACGGAAAAGGAUCACCCUAAAUUAUAGACAUUAGCACCAGCUAUAGUGACCCAUCAUUUGCUGUACAGAUUUAGAUGGCUACUCCCCUUAAGCCUGAGGUUCUGGAAAAGCAAGAGGAUCUUUUUUUAGUGAAAGAGGAAGCACACUGCUGGGGGCAAGAAUCAAGCUUGCAACAUAAUCACAGCACAAGCGAGGUUUUCCGGCAGCACUUCAGGCAGCUCUGCUAUCAGGAAACUCCUGGCCCUCGUGAAGCUUUAACUCGACUUCGUGAACUUUGCCAUCAGUGGCUGAGGCCAGAGAUGCAUACUAAAGAACAGAUUUUGGAGCUCUUGGUAUUGGAGCAGUUCUUAACUAUUCUACCCAAGGAUCUGCAGACCUGGGUGCAGGAUCAUCAUCCAGAGAAUGGAGAGGAAGCAGUAACUGUCCUGGAGGAUUUGGAAAGAGAAAUUGAUGAACCAGAAUACCAAGUGGGAAAGGGGAAGGUCCCAGCCCAUGUACAUAGACAGGAAAUCCUCUUGGAAGAGAUGGCACCAAUGGGAACAUCAAGAACAUCAACUGAGUCACUAAGUAUCCAUCUCAAUCCCAGGAAGACCCAGCUGAAAUGGAAAUCUUGGGAGCUCUAUCCAUUACAAGAGAAUGAUGAUGAAACCAGAACUGAAGAUGUGGGGUCAAUUCAGAAGGAAGAAAUUUCUGAAGACAUUGAAUCACUAGGGGAUAUAUAUGGCAGACUCAGUGGGCACAUUUCCUGGGAUCCUGUAUUCAGAGAAGCCUUUGAACCUGAGGACAGAUUAGAAUGGCAACAGGAAAACCUUGCAGGGAAAAGACGACACAAAUGUGAUGAAUGUGGGAAAGGUUUCAGUCAUAGCUCAGACCUUAGUAAACAUAAGAGAACCCAUACAGGGGAGAAGCCCUAUAAAUGUGAUGAGUGUGGAAAAGCCUUUAUUCAGCGCUCACAUCUCAUUGGACAUCAGAGAGUCCACACUGGAGUGAAGCCCUAUAAAUGCAAAGAAUGUGGGAAAGAUUUCAGUGGUCGAACAGGCCUUGUUCAACAUCAGAGAAUCCACACUGGAGAGAAACCCUAUGAAUGUGAUGAGUGUGGGAGACCCUUCCGUGUGAGUUCAGCUCUUAUUCGACAUCAGAGAAUCCAUACAAACAAGUUCUAUUGAUGGAAAUCAUAAAAACCUUCAUUAGUAGCUCAAAAUAGACAUAUAAGAUCAAAACAAGACAGAGAUUUUAUGACUGUCCUAUAUGAGAAAAGAUCAGUAACCAUUGAAAACUUAUCUGGAAUAAGAGAAUCCAACUGAAUAUUUUUAUUUGUUUUAAUUUGUCAGGCCAAUUGGUGGGGGGAGGAGAGGAUGAGAGAUGAGGACUAGGGAAAAUGAUGUUUUAAAAAGGCCAACAUUGUCCUUAAAUCUAUUUUAGAGAACGCUGUUCGCCUCAUAAUAUUUUCUGGAAUGAAUAGCUAUGGACACUAAUAUUCCUUCAUCAUUCAACCUUCUCUUCCAAAUUCCUUCCAUUCUUGACUCCAGUGGUAAGUCAAUGUGUGACUUUACCUAAGUCAUGCUCUGUGCCUCGGUUUCUCCUUCUUUAAAAUGUGGAAGUCAAUCCCAGCACUAUUCACAGGAAUGUUGUGAGAAUAAUCUCAUAGUCAAUGGCAAGUGCUUUGAAAUUGUUUUAGUUCCUAUAAUACUAGUAGUUAUCACUGGUAUUAUCAUAUUUAAUUGCAUAAUACUUGAAACUUUAUUCUAAUUAUAUUUUAUACACAAAUAGGCUUGACCUUUUCAUGUAAAAAUUUUCUUUGGAUACUGAGGAAAGAAGUCAAAAUUGAAAAAGACAGCUGGCAAAAGUGGUGGCCACCUGUGUUGUGUAAUAGAGUAAGGCAGCAGCGAACAUCAGGAGUCUAACCUGAGACAGUGACGGGAAUAAAAGAAAUAUGACCAGUAGGCAAAAGCAGUGGCAGGAAUCCAAGAGAGCUGUGAGAGGUCAAAGGCGAAACUAAAAUAAUUUGGUCUCAGUAACAGUAUCAUUUUGAUGUUUCUUUUGUCAUCCUGAAAAUUCAAUUCAGCAAGAAUUAAACACCUAAUAUAUGAAAGGCAUUGUGCUAAACCCAGGAUAAAAAGACAAAAGCAAACAUCCCUGUCUUCAAGGACAUUACAUUUUACUGGAUUGGGGGAGGGGGGGCGGCAGUAUAUCAAUAUCAGAUGGAAUGAUUAUAAUGCAAUUACAGUAUUGUUUCCUAUGAAAUUAUAGUCAUAUGACUAGUAAUUUUAUCCAAGACAAUGUUUACAAUGUUGUCUAGCCAUUGUGAAAUGUUUAUAUUAAGGUAGUUACUAUUUACAUUAAUGAGGAGGAGAAGGGUAUAAUGGCACAGAUAACUGAAAGUAACUGAUUCAAAAUCUUUUUCUAUUCAGUUUUUAUCUGCUUUUUCUUUGCAGCAACUUUAGUAUUCCUGUUAGAAUUGGCUAUAGGCUAGAGCAAGUAAACAAAGGUAGUCAAAGCAGGGAGUAUUUAAACUCCUGAACAUCUCCAACUACUUUGAAUUUCUGCUUCCUUCUCUGGUCAUUUCAACCAUUUAAGAGCAUUGUGCUAAGUAUCUGGGAGAUAAUAAAGUUUAGAUAAGGUGUGGCCUUGGCCUUUGUGGAGCUUUCCAUCUGUACUCUAUGAUUCCUGCUGGUUACAAGCAGGUGGUAAUAAGGACCUGUGGAAUGGCAGUGGGAACAGAGGAGAAUCAAAUGCGCACAUGCACACAUGCAUACGUGGCAAUAGAAACUACAGGAACUGGAAACUUAUUGGCUAUGAGUUGAAGAGGGAAGAGAAGAAGAAGACCUUGUUAGCAACCAUGAGAAAGAUAUCAAUGGAAAUAAUGAAGUGAUAAGGAAGGGAAAAUAAGUUCAGGUUUAGAAAUGUUGAGUAUGAAUUGUUAUUGGUAUAUCCAGGUAGAGGAGUUCUGUAGGCAGCUGGAAAUAUAGAGGUCUGGAGCUUGGAAGAGAGGUCAGGAUUGGAGAUUCGUAUUUUGGAGUCAUCUGUAUAAAGGUAGUUUAUAGCUAUAGGAGUGAAUGAGAUUGCCAGGGGCAAAAGAGAAGAGGGCCUCUGAAUCCUUUGUUCACUGUGAUUGAGACUGGAGGGAACCUUAUCCUUGUACCUUAACCUCUCUGUCAAUGACAAGUCAGUUGAUCGGAUUUCUCAAGUCUCUGCUUUGUCCACCUGAUUUUGAGGAUUUUUAUCAAUACUACUAAGUGAACAGAGGGGCAAGUCUUUUUUCUUUUCAUUUCUAUGUUGCAGUAAGUUUACUCUGAACAUUGCCCCAUAGCACCAAAAAAAUGGAACAAAAAGAUAGUACUGCCCCUAUAAGGGGUGCAAGGCUAUUGGUUUCCAACUAAUCACCAUAGUUUCUACCUAACUCUAGUUAUUGAAUCUGGCCAUGAUGGCUGCCUGAAAGACAGGAAGACCUUUGGAGGCAGCUAUACCUGUUCUGGUGGGGAAGCAAGGAGGGGGACAGGCUAGAGUGAUUCCAGGGGCUUUCAGGUAGGGGAAAGAGGCAAGUAGUAUCUGAUAUGAUUUCAGACAUGAGGUCAAUGUGUCCAAAAGCUUUCUAGUAGAGGAGAAGAAAAAGUUCUUUUUGAUAUCAGGUAGGGUAAAGAGAGAGAAGCUUUGGGAGAAGGUCUGAAGAUAACCUAUGAAAGCAACUGCUUUCUGAGAAGGAAGAGAAAGUAAGAUGAGCAGAAAAAAGGACAGAGUAGUUACAUUACUUAUGUUUAGUGCCAAAGCUUUAGGUUUUAAGGAGGGUGUUUCUAUUUGGGGUAUAGAUAUUCCAAAAAGCCCCCAGUUAUAGUGGGUUGUUUCUAAGAAAGGGGGUAAUUUCAAAAACACUUGCAUAACUCAAUAUUUUCAAAAGGAUUCAUUUUCAUAAGGGACUUAGGUUCUUCCAGUACUCUGUCUACUGACAAGCAGACAAUAAUAAUAAUAAUAAUAAUAAUAAUAAUAGCCAAAAUGUAUUAUAUGUUAUUACACUU